AUGGCCGACUGGAGCGAGCAUGCCCACUAUGGCAACCCCAAUGGGCCCAUGGGCCUUCCACCAGCCGUCACUGCGCUCACAUUCGACCCCUACCAUGAGCUUCUCUGGCAGGGCACCUCGUUUGGAACCGUCUCCUCGCUGUACUCUGCCCAACUGUCACGUUACACUUCGUACGCUGCACACGGCGUACCCACUCGACCUUCUCCCACAAAAAACAUCCUUGCCGACGAACGACACAUCUUUUCGCUCAGCGAUAAUGGCAUCAAGUGCUCUCAGCGUCGAGGCUUGGCAAAGUGGUCCACUCUCACCGAUGAUCUCGGCACAAACGCCAUGAACCUCGUCUCCAUGUGCGCCUCGCCCCUCGCUGCUUCGUCCGACAUUGUCGCUGCCGGUCUAUCUCAAUCAGCUGCCAGUACUGGCGAAAUCGACAAUGAAAACGAUCUCAUCGUCACCGUCAACAACAGCACCGGUGCCGUCGUACGCACCGUCCCCUCCGAGGCACCCAUCGUACAUGUUCGAAAGAGUGGCCGCUUUGUAUGCGCUGGUACCGCCACGGGCCAUAUCCAGCUCCGUGAUCCGCGUACCCUCAAGGUUGAACAUCGACUUCAUGCCCAUCCAGGCGGCCUCGUCGAUGUCCAGGCAGACGCUCACAUUCUCUACUCUGUAGGCUGGACCGUACGUCAAGGUCAUCCCGUGUCAGAACCGCUCGUCAAGGUGCAUGACCUGCGCACCAUGCGUGCACUCGUUCCCAUCCCAUUCGCAGCACCCGGUGGUCCCUCCCUCCUCGCCAUUCACCCCAAGCUCUCUUCUACCAUCAUCGUCUCUGCUCCACAGGGCCAGUUUCAGAUCGUCGACAUCGGCAUGCCCGGUGAAGGCAGGUUCUUCUACACCAAUGCCAACUCCUUCACCACCUCGCUCGCCAUCUCGCCCUCGGCCGACUACAUUGCCUUUGGCGAAGCUGACGGCAGCGUUCGCCUGUGGAGCAGUUCCUCAGACACAUCAAACCUUCGCUUCAACACCUUUGUUUCUUCUUCGCUCGAGUUUCCCGACAUGGUUGAACCAACGCCGUUUGUCAAUUGGUCCACAGAGACACCCCUGUCUUCCAUCGGUAUGCCUCACUACAACCAGAAACUCAUGUCGUUCUUCGACUACGAUCAGUACGUUUCCGAAGCCUCACCGCUCUUCAAUCCACCUUCCAAGAUCGAUCCCGCAGUCCUGAACAACAUCAAGACCGUCGACUACCUCGGCUAUGCCAAUUUGCCACCUCAUUUCAGGGGCAAGAGGAAUACCGUGUCCGGCAAGGGCCCAGGUGGGAUCCGAGCAAGUGCUCUGCACCGACCUGAAGACCGUAAAAAGAUUGGUAUCCCACUCUUUCGCAGCGAGAAGGAAAAGGAGCAGAGCAAAAAAGCUGCAGCAGCUGCAGCCGACAAAAAGAAGAAGAAAGCCGAGAGGAAGAGAGCAGACGCUGGUUCUGACAGUCUCAACACCUCGACAGACUCACGGCUAGAACGCAGGGCGGAUCAAGACGCUGGCAGCGCCUCGCGCACCCAAGCUGGCAGUUCCAAGCUAGCAAACAGAGAUGAUAGCCCCACUGACAACGCUAGCCAAGACGCUCAGAAUUUUGCAGACGGCUCGGACGCCAAUUCAGACUACAUCUCGGACGACAGCGAAGCAUCGGACGACGAAGAAGAGGGUCAGGAGGAUGUUGAAACGGCCGAGGCCAUGCUCGUCAAAGGACAGAUGCCGUCCUACUACCGUCUCAAGACGAUCCAGUACUCGAGGUUCGGUGUCGAGGACUUUGACUUUGACUUCUACAACAAGACCCAGUACAGCGGUCUGGAAACGCACAUUCAAAACUCGUACGCAAACUCGUACCUGCAAGCGCUCCACUACCUUACGCCUUUCCGAGAAACGGCCAAGGCGCACAUCUUGCACGAUUGCCCUCGCGAGAAUUGUCUGCUGUGUGAGGCGGGUUUCUUGUUCCGAAUGCUUGAGGAUGCCAAAGGUGCCAACUGCCAAGCGUCCAACUUUCUGCGCGCAUUCGGCAACAGUCACAAGGCAGUCAGCCUUGGGUUGAUGGAUCGCGAGGACAGCUCCACCAAUAUGUCGAGUGCCGCUAGCGCAGGCAAGAACGAGAUUGUUUACAGCCAGCUGGUUCAGACGUUGAACCGAUUCGUGCUUGACGAAACCGCCAACGAGGCGCAAGUGUCGCCAGGCGGCUCAUCCGCCCGCAACGCAACCGGUUCGAAUUCAGGAUCUACACGUGCGUCGGGUACAGGUGCUCCGCCAGGCCUGGGUCCUCCUCUGAGCAGUAAUCGUGGCGGUGGAGGUGCAGGACGCAGGCUUGCAGGCGAUUCGUCACCUUCUACCUCGCUUCUGCCAGCAGAUAACCCGGCCUUUGCAGCCGAUUCGCCGGUUGCCAAGCUCUUCGCGCUCAACGCAGUGACCAAGACGGUGUGCAUCCACUGCGGACGCGAGACCAACCGUCCGACCCCACUUCUCUCGGUCGACCUCAUCUACCCACGUCGUUCCAUGUCCAACGAAUCUGCGCCACCCUCCGACUUUGCCUCGGUGUUGCGUGCGUCGCUUGUUCGUGAAGUGCAAAACAGAGCACCGUGCCGAGCAUGUCAGUUUACCGCCAUGUUCCGAACGCGCCGCGUCAUGCCAGCCACGUCCGAGUUGCCUCGCAUUUUGUCGGUCAAUGCGUCGAUACAGGCUCCCGAGCACUUGCAUUAUUGGCUGGAUGACAAUCAAAAGGGUGGCAACAAGGCGCCGCCUCUCGGUCCUGCCCGCCCAAAUGGGCCACAGCAACAAGCGUAUAGCAAAUUGGCGUAUAUGAGCAUGCACGGGUCCAAUGCGCACAAUAACGCACGUGGCGGCGCGGGUGGUGGCCUUUUGAACGCUCCGCGCACAGACACUAAGUUGGCCUCGGCAGCGUCCGCUGGUGACGCAAAACGCACGUAUCUGCCUCCUCGGAUCGCCAUAGGCGUCUACGGCGACGACGUGCGGGUGAUGCCCAUCUAUACAGCUGCGGAUGUGGAAAGAGCCAGGACUUCGCUCGGAGGUCGACCGGCGAUGUACAAGCUGCGUUCGAUGGUGGUGCAGAUCUCGGCGGACAAGGAACAGCCACAUCUGUGUGCCUUUGUUCGCGUGCCUGAAGCCGAGACAAGCGUCCAAGGCAGUAACGGGGACGGCACAGCGUCGACAGCAGCGACGACGCCCAAGAUGUCACAUGCCACUGGAGCAGCAGCCGGGCUCGCGCUCGGCUCAAGCAAAAAGAGUGCGCGCGCCAAAGCAAACCAGCUCGGACCAUGGUAUCUCUUCAACGACUUUUUGGUUCGCAACGUCUCAAAGCACGAAGCGCUGGGAUUUCAAAAUACUUGGAAGAUGCCCUCGGUGCUCAUGUGGGAACGAGAAGAUUUGGAACCUCUGUGCAUCGCGACGCUUCGUCAAGGACGCACCUCGAUCGAUCCGCUGAUCCUGUGUCGCGACUUCAAUAUCUCUCAAAAUCGAGAUCCUACACGAAUCCGACACACGUUGCUUUCGGAGGAUGAGCUUCCAAAACCCGGAACGCUCGUUGCGAUCGACGCUGAAUUCGUCGCGCUCAAUCAGGAGGAAUUGGAAAUUCGUUCAGACGGAACGCGAUCCGUCAUCCGUCCCACAAAGCUGUCUCUAGCUCGAGUAUCUGUGGUUCGCGGACAAGGAGCCAAGGAAGGCAUCUCUUUCAUCGACGACCACAUCUAUACGCAGGAACAAGUGGUAGAUUACCUGACCAAGUUCUCUGGCAUCUUACCUGGCGAUUUGGAUCCACACACUUCCAAGCAUACCGUUGUUCCGUUAAAGUCAGCCUACAAGAAGUUGCGGCUGCUAGUCGAUCGAGGUUGCAUCUUCAUCGGUCAUGGGUUGAAGAAGGAUUUCCGAAUCAUCAAUAUCUUUGUUCCUAAAGAGCAGGUGAUUGAUACCGUGGAUCUGUAUCACUCGGUCAACCAUCCACGUCGACUUUCGCUCCGGUUUCUAAGUUGGUUCUUGCUCAAAAUCGAUAUUCAAUCUGGUGCGAAUGCCAACAACCAGAUCACGGCGAGGGAGGAGAGCUCGAAAGCUUCAAAGGAGGCCAACGAAGCCGAGAGUGCGGUAGAGCGCGUAGCAAGUGCCGAAAAAGGCGCAGGCAUCGUGGCGGUCGAAGGAGGUCACGACAGUAUCGAAGAUGCGCUAGCCGCGCUCAAGUUGUUCAGACUCUACGAGGUCUUCAAAAGGGACGCCAGGUUGGACGACGUACUCGAGGACGCGUACGAUGUAGGUAGACGCGUAAACUGGAAACCGCCCAAUGCGGUCUGA